AUGUACCGGCCGAGUUUACCGGACUUUUCGUUCGAAAUCCAAAUGGGUCCAUCGGCCGCAGACAAUGAUAUCCCGGGAGAAUUUCGCGGGGAAUUGAAAGUCGAAGUUGAUCGGACCGCGUCGUCGUCUUCUGCGAUACCAGCUUUGUCAUUAUCAUCACCAGCGCCCCCACCCCGUAGGGAUAACGUAGAGGCGAACCGGGUGUUCAGGGAACCGAGUAUAUUUUGGCUCCUAUUUGAAACCGCCCCAUCAUGUGGCGGUGUCAAAUCUUCGGAAAGGGGGAAUGGUGACUGUGGAGCUGAUAUCGUUGGCCAUGCUACUGGCGGUGGCGUGGAUUUGGCCUGUACUUGUACUUAUCCAGGUUGCGGUAUAUGGAGGUCUUCAGGGCGAUGCUGUGAUUCUCCAAUCACCCUCCUGAUGGCACCUAGAUCAAAACUAGCAGGGAUGGGUAUUUCUGGUGUGGAGUCAAUUGACUCCCGUUCAGGGCCGGUGGCGGUGGCGUCUGCGGCGGCCUCACAUUUAGGUGCCUCUGUAACAUCUAUUCGAGGUGGCAAGCCAUCUUCUGACGGUCUAGAUGGUGGAGAAGUCUUGGUGAACGACCCUAUAGUAGCAGCGGAAGGUGGUCGUGACACGUGUAAAGCCUUGGGAGGAGGUUGUUUCCUCUUUCUCGAGAACCAUCCCCUCUUCUGGGGUCCAACUCUUCAUCUCGUAUAA